GCGGAAGUGAGAGUGCGAUUCCGGUUCCGGUUCGACGGCUGCGAGGAGACGUUUUUAGCGGCUGCUGCUCUACCCUGUCCCGGGCCGUCCCGGCCCUAGCCCCACCGCCACCAUGUCGGUCCCCAGCGCCCUCAUGAAGCAGCCGCCGAUCCAGUCCACGGCGGGCGCCGUGCCCGUCCGCAACGAGAAGGGCGAGCUCUCCAUGGAGAAGGUGAAGGUGAAGCGGUACGUGUCGGGAAAGCGGCCUGACUAUGCACCCAUGGAGUCCUCGGAGGAGGAGGAUGAGGAGUUCCAGUUCAUCAAGAAGGCGAAGGAGCAGGAGGUGGAGCCCGAGGAGCAGGAGGAGGAGCUCGCCAACGACCCCCGGCUCCGGCGCCUCCAGAACCGCAUCGCGGAAGAUGUGGAGGAGCGGCUGGCAAGACACCGUAAAAUCGUGGAGCCUGAAGUGGUUGGAGAAAGUGAUUCAGAGGUGGAGGGGGAAGCUUGGCGCCUGGAGCGGGAGGACACCAGCGAAGAGGAAGAGGAAGAGAUCGAUGAUGAGGAGAUUGAGCGUCGGCGUGGGAUGAUGCGUCAGCGAGCACAGGAGAGGAAAACGGAGGAGAUGGAAGUGAUGGAGUUGGAAGAUGAGGGUCGAUCCGGAGAAGAGUCCGAGUCAGAAUCUGAGUACGAGGAGUACACAGACAGCGAGGAUGAAAUGGAGCCGCGUCUCAAACCUGUCUUCAUCCGCAAGAAGGACCGGAUCACAGUUCAGGAGCGAGAAGCAGAAGCCUUGAAGCAGAAGGAGCUGGAGCAGGAGGCAAAGAGGAUGGCGGAGGAGAGGCGCAAGUACACCCUCAAGAUCGUAGAAGAGGAAGCAAAGAAGGAGCUGGAGGAGAACAAGCGCUCGCUGGCAGCACUGGAUGCGCUUGAUACAGAUGAUGAGAACGAUGAGGAGGAGUACGAAGCCUGGAAAGUACGUGAGCUGAAACGUAUCAAACGGGACCGUGAAGAACGAGAAGCCAUGGAGAAGGAGAAGGCGGAGAUCGAGCGCAUGCGGAACCUGACGGAGGAGGAGCGCCGUGCUGAGCUUCGGGCCAACGGCAAGGUCAUCACCAACAAGGCAGUGAAGGGCAAAUACAAGUUCCUGCAGAAGUACUACCACCGCGGCGCCUUCUUCAUGGAUGAAGACGAGGAGGUGUACAAGAGGGACUUCAGUGCCCCGACCCUCGAGGACCAUUUCAACAAGACCAUCCUGCCCAAAGUCAUGCAGGUCAAGAACUUCGGGCGUUCAGGGCGGACAAAGUACACACACUUGGUGGACCAGGACACCACCUCCUUCGACUCUGCUUGGGGCCAGGAGAGCGCGCAGAACACCAAGUUCUUCAAGCAGAAAGCAGCGGGCGUUCGGGACGUCUUUGAGAGACCCUCCGCCAAGAAGCGAAAAACCACUUAAAGGGAGCAGGCAGGAGGGCACUUCUCUGCCAGCUGCUGGGAGCCUGGCCAGGGACAGAGGGGACACAGCACUGUGCCAGGACUCGUGUGGUGACAAGCCCUUCCUUUGUGCCCCUGUGCCACGCCUGCCCUGUUGACAGGGUGUCCCACUGUGGAGACCCAGUGGGCUCCCUGCCCUGGUGCCGUGGAGGACGGCCACACCGUGCUGGCCAGGCCUGCAGCCACCCUGAGAGCCUCGGCAGCACCUGCCAGGGCUGGGCAGGAGCAAGGCAACGUCCCUGGCUCCAUCACACCCGCUUUUGGAGGAAUUAAUGGAGUUUUAUACCUGUCUGGUCCACAGCAUCUCCCUAUCGCCUGUACUUUCCCUGUUGUCAGUUUGGGCCCUUUUCUGGUGUGGGACAGCAGUGACCCUGUCUCCCCACCCUGCCUCUGCAGGGCCUGGCUUUUCUACCUGUGCAUAGGGGUGGGGUCAUUUUGAUUAAAGCGGUCAUUUUCUUACA